AUGGCGAUGGCCAAGCAGGCCCCGCUGGGUUCUGCCUGUGGGCACGCUUGCCUGCUCACGGGUUACCACGGCGACGGCCAAGCAGGCGCUGCUGGCCGCAGACACUUCAGAGGCGGCAGAGCAGCGAGGCUUGAUUCGCUACCAGACACACUGGAAGCAUUGAAUCUGUGCCAACUCUGUGCAGUACAUUACUGGGUACAGGAAAGCAAAGAGGGCAGUGUCUCAGCUCUCAAUGACUCUACAGCUCUCUUUGGAUUGAAGGAGUGGUACCUCUCUGCCCAUUCCAGAUGCAAUUGUGAGAGCAUGGCAGUAAAUGCUAUAAGAGAACUCCAUGGAGUAAAGAAGUAUGAAGUGGUUUACCCCAGAAGACUUCAUCCACUGUAUAAACGAGAGGUCAAGAAGCCACAUCAACAGGAAAAAUAUGAAACUGAAUUGAAGUAUAAAAUGACAGUUAACGGGAAAAUGGCAGUGCUUUAUUUGAAAAAAUCCAAGGAUCUCCUGGCACCAGGCUACACGGAAACACAUUAUAAUUCCACAGGAAAGGAGGUCACCUCCAGCCCACAGAUCAUGGAUGACUGUUAUUAUCAAGGACAUAUUAUUAAUGCAAAAAUUUCUGAAGCUAGCAUCAGCACAUGUAGAGGUCUAAGGGGCUACUUCAGUCAGGGAGAUGAAAGGUACUUCAUUGAACCUUUAAGCUCUGCAAAUCAGGAUGAACAGGAGCAUGCACUCUUCAAGCAUGAUCCUGAUGAAAAGAAGGCUCCCAGCACCUGUGGGAUGGAUGACAUGAUAUGGGCACAUACAUCUCGGAAGAAUGUGACCCCACCUGCCACCAGUCUGGUCAAAUUAAGUGACCAUGACCGGAAAGUUUGGGAACAAAAGAAAUACAUAGAAUAUUACUUGGUCCUGGAUAAUGGUGAGUUUAAAAAGUACAAUCAAGAUCCAGAGAAAAUAAGAAAGAGGGUGUUUGAGAUGGCCAAUUACGUCAACAUGGUUUAUAAAAAGCUCAAUACUCAUGUGGCCUUAGUGGGGAUAGAAAUCUGGAAUGAUGAGGAUAAGAUAAAGAUCACCCCAAAUGCAAGCUUCACCUUGGAAAACUUUUCUAAAUGGAGGGGGGAUGUCCUCCUUAGAAGAAAGCGUCAUGAUAUUGCUCAGUUAAUCACGGCAACAGAACUUUCUGGAACAACUGUGGGUCUUGCUUUCAUGUCCACAAUGUGCUCUCCUUACCAUUCUGUUGGCAUCAUUAAGGACCACAGUGACAAUGUGCUUAAAGUUGCAGGGACAAUGGCCCAUGAAAUGGGCCAUAACUUUGGGAUGUUUCAUGACGCCCAUGUUUGCAAGUGCCCUGCUACAAUCUGUGUGAUGAACAAUGCACUAAGCUUCCAUAUACCUACAGACUUCAGUUCCUGCAGCCGUGUCAGCUAUGCCAACUUUUUUGAAGAUAAAUUAUCAAAUUGCCUCUUUAAUAUUCCGUUACCUACAGAUAUCAUAUCCAACCCAAUCUGUGGGAAUCAGUUGGUAGAAAUGGGAGAGGACUGUGAUUGUGGGACUUCCGAGGAAUGCACCAACAUCUGCUGUGACGCUAAAACAUGUAAAAUCAAGGCAGGUUUUCAAUGUGCGUUAGGAGAAUGCUGUGAAAAGUGCCAGUUUAAAAAGGUUGGUACAGUGUGCAGACCAGCAAAAGAUGAGUGUGACCUGCUGGAAAUGUGUGAUGGUAAAUCUGGUAUUUGCCCUGCUGACCGAUUCCAAGUCAAUGGCUUCCCUUGCCAGGAUGGGAAGGGCUACUGCUUCAUGGGGAUGUGCCCCACGCUGCAGGAGCAGUGCACCGAGCUCUGGGGAGCAGGAACUGAGGUUGCAGAUAAGUCAUGCUACAGGAAGAAUGAAGGUAUUUCAAAGUAUGGGUACUGCCGCAAAGUGAACAAUACACGUAUUCCCUGUAAAGCAAAUGAUGCCAUAUGUGGGAAGUUGUUCUGUCAAGGUGGGUCAGAUAAUUUGCCCUGGAAAGGACGUAUAGUAACUUUCCUGACAUGUAAAACAUUUGAUCCUGAAGACAGCAGUGAAGAAAUAGGCAUGGUAGCCAAUGGAACUAAGUGUGGAAAUAAGAAGGUUUGCAUUAAUGCAGAAUGUGUAGAUAUCGAGAGGGCCUACAAAUCGACCAAUUGCUCAUCUAAGUGCAAAGGACAUGCUGUGUGUGACCAUGAGCUCCAGUGUCAGUGUAAAGAGGGCUGGGUCCCUCCUGACUGUGAUGACUCCUCUGUCGUCUUCCACGUCUCCAUUGUGGUUGGGGUGCUGUUUCCUGUGGCUGUCAUAUUUGUGGUGUGUGCUAUAGUAUUCAGGCAUCAAAGCACCAGAGGAAAGCAAAAGAAAGUCCAGAGGUCACAGUCUGACCUUGGCACCAGGCCAUGCAGAGAGAAGAGGAAACCACAGACAAUGAAGGCUCUUCAUUGCAAAGAGAAAAGUCAGAUGAAGCUUCAUGCCCUUGACCUGCCAGUGGAUGGCAGUGAGCCUCCAGCUUCUUUUCUAAUUACAAAGCCAGAUUUUCCACCACCUCCGAUUCCUACUUCUGUGUCAUCUUCUUCCUUCCUUGUACUACAUGAAGAAACAAAGGUCCUUUCCUCUACUGUUUUCAAGGAUAAGCCAAUGUCUAUGCCUAAGGGCUCCAAUCCAAAUGUCUGAAGCAACAGCUAAGCAAGGAUUGGUGGGUAAAUGAUCAACUUGAAUGAUGGGACAAUCUGGAUAGAAGAGAAAUAUAUGGGCUAUCUAACUACUAUUUGCUCUUGAUACCCAAAGAGGUUAACAUUUCUUGAUUCAUGUUAUACUUUGAAGAGAUGAAAUAAAAUGUUU